AUGAGGCCUACCUUAUUGAUGUUCAGGUCUCCUAAGGAGAGGACCCCAGGCUAUCAUGACAUUAAGGUUAAAAAUGAUGGAACCAAUUUAGACUAUGGUGCAUUAGAUUUCUUCAAGUAUAAGUUCAACAACAGUUUUAAUGGUAGAAUUAUGUCUGCUGGAAGGCAACUCAAGAAAAAAUCUAAUAACAUUUUACUAUACAAGUAGCCAUCAAAUUUCUCCUAAUAUGAAAGAUUCCCUGAAUACAGAAUUUUAAAGAAAAAAACUCCAGCAGAUGUGGGUCCAGGUUGUUAUAAUGUAUAAAGAACUCUAGAUUUGCUUAAAUAAAAGCCAUGUCCUUCUAAAAUAAAACACUCUUACUUUGGCAAAGUUUCAGGGACUCCAGGAUACAUAUUUAUAGGCAAUUAACUAGUUUAUGAUGAAGAACUUGCUUAAAGAUCACAAAGCAGAGGUAGAUAAGUAACAACUUCAUAGCUUAGUAAUCGCAGUUCUCAGAAAUAAGAAAGCAUAUUCUAGUCUAAUAUAAAAUGCAGAGGUCAUCUAUCAAAGGAUGUCAUUAUCAAGAAAAAUCUGGUGAAGAAGAAUGCCAAAUAGAGACUAUCAAUGUAACUGUAGCAUCAGACUUCUUAAAAUUUGAGAGAUGAGAGAACAACAUCAGGAACUAGAUCAUAAAACAAUCAAGAUCAAGCAAAUGGCUAAUCUUACAGAUAAUCUUUCGAUUUGAAAAGGGCUUAAUUUCCACAAAAAACAAGACAAGAUGAGAUAACUCAAUUGAGAAUAAACUAAGUUAACGCUGUUAAUAAUAAAAGACUUGGCAAAAAAUGCCUAAAAAAAAGAGACAUAAGUUAUGGGUUCAAUUAAAGAAGAAAGUCGAACGAUAUUUAGUAGAUCGUAGAUACCUAGAUGAAUGAGAUGACUCUAGGUGUUGGGAGUUAAGUCUCAAAGACUCAAACUUCUAAUAGGGCUAAUAUAUCUUAAGAUUCACAGAGAUUGAUAUAUGGUAAUCAAAGUGUCUUACAGCAAAUGAUGAUUCAAAAUUAAAAAGGAUACCAAAGUCUUUAUCAGUACAAAGGUCAGAACAACUCAAUGCAGGGAUCUAACAACACUUAUUAGAGAGAAAUGAAUAUUACCAACAUUAACGAUUCCUCUACUUAGGCUGCUUCGAUGAAUAAUAGCAAUGUAGUCAAAAGCCAUCAUAUCUAUUGA